GUUGCCGUGGCGACGCGGGAGACGCUGGCGGUGGCAGGCGGGCCGCUCGCUUUCUGGGCGCUGCUGCGAGUUUCUUUGUAGCCGCCCUGGCGAUGGAGCCCCCGGAGCUGGGACUCUGCUCGGCCUCCUCCUUGCUGGCUCUCUCUCAGUUGCUGUCGCCGCCGGAGGAGGAGGACGAGGACGGAGGAAGAGCGAUAGGGGUGAGAGCAGUGCCGGAUUGAUGUAUAAGCUAAACAAGCUAUAGCUUAGGGCCCCACUCUCUCUCCCCCCCCCCCCGUAUACUUAUUCUUAAUUAUCUUUCACUAUUAAUAUACUUCUUCUUAAUUGUAUUUCAGUUCAAAAAUCACUUUGAAAAAAUACAUAUUUUGUUAUAUGCAAAUGGCUUUAGAUACCUAUUAAGUACAUAAAUUACAGUCAUACCUCAGAUUUGAAAAUAGGGAUCAGCAGCCUCACCUGUCCCGGGGACAGUCUACGGGAUAUCAAACAAUUCGGAAUAGCAGUGGAAAGCAGCGGGAAACAGCGCUGGAAUAAGGGAAUUUCCCGCAAAAAAGGGGAAGGUUGACAGCUAUGGGUUGUGCUUUUUCAGGUUACGGACGUGCCGAAACCCGGAAGUACCGGAACGAGUUACUUCUGGGUUUCAGUGGUUGCACAUGCACAGAAGCGCCGAAUCGCAACCUGCACGUGCGCAGAUGUACCGCUGCGGGUUGCGAACAUGCAUCCCGCACGGAUCACGUUCGCAACCUGAGUGUCCACUGUACCAUAUAGCAUAUUUUCAACACAAAAAACAGCAACAAUUUGUUGUUGACAGCUGGACAUAUAAAGGGCCCCAUUACCUUCAGUAGCUUAGGGCCUCAUCAAACCUAAAUCCGACCCUGGGUGAGAGGAAGGCCGGGGGUGGGGUGGGGAGACCCCCUCCCCCUCCAGGGGUUCAUUUCUCUCUUUAAACAUGACCUUUUUAAAUUAAAUUUUUAGAUUUUGCCAUUUCUUUUAGAAUCCUAGAAUCGUAGAGUUGGAAGGGACCCCUGAGGGUCAUCUAUGAAAACCCCCUGAAAUGUAGGGAUCUUUAGUAAAAGGCGGAAGAUUUAUACAAUCUGAAGAGAAAGCAGCUGAAAACAUUAGCAGGACUGCAGUGACACUUGUAAUGUAACGAGAAAUAUGGACAUAAUGGAGUGAUAAAAAAAUUGAUUAUUGAAAAAAGAUGCAGUAGAAAAGGUUUAACAACAGAACCCAUGGAGGGGAAGGUGGGAAGGUCCAGAGACUUGGAUGAAUCUUUAAACUGUGGAUAUGUUGUGGUGUGAUUAUAAUGUUAAAUAUGUAAAACCAAAUAUAUAUAUAUUUUUAAAAGAGCAAUGCAGGAAUCUCAGCUGAAGCCUCCUUGACAGAUGGCCAUCCAACCUCUGCUUUAAAAGCCUCCAAGGAAGGAGAGUCCACAGUUUCCCAAUAGAGACUGUUCCACAGUCAAACAGCUCUCACUGUCAGAAUGUUCUUCCUGAUGUAAACAUCAGGAAUCUCCUUUCUUGUAACUUGAAGCCAUUGGUUCGAGUCCUACCCCCUCCCGGAGCAGGAGAAAACAAGCUUGCCACCUCUUCCAUGUGACAGAUCUUGAGAUAUUGGGAAAUGGCUCUUUUUUAAAAAAAAAAAUAUUUUUAUUAAGGAUUUUCUUGUUUUACAGAAGUAAGUGUAAUGCCUCGUAUUUUUUCCCCCCCCAUGUAACAUUUUUACAAAUCCGUUUCAUUUGUUGAGGCAUUGGGGGAGAAGAAAAAAAGGAAAAAGAAAGGGGGGGUGGAGAGAGGGAAGAUGGAUGGGGGUGGGGUCGGGUGGCGGUGUUUUUAUUAUGUUUAAUGUAUGUAGAGUUUGGUGUCAGCGUUGCUUGUGUUGUUCACUUGUGUUCCUUUGGUGGUGAGAGAGGUUGGGGUUGGCCUAGGGUAUGAUUGUUUGCUUGUGAUUGGCUGUGGUGAUCUUUGUUUUUGUGUGUGCGUGAGGUGGGUGUGUGUUUUGGAUCAGGUUAGCCAUAUUGAUUUGUAUGCUGUUGGUGGAUUAUUGUCAUUGUCCUGUUGGGCUGUGUAUGUGAUAAAGGGGAGCCAUACUGGGGUGAAGGCGUCUUCUUCUGUUUGUCCCCGUGUCAGUUUCAGUUUAUUAGUUAAUUUUUCUAGUAGGGCUGUUUCCCAUACUAUUUGGUACCAUUGGUCCAUGUUUACUCCUGACAGGUCUCUCCAGUGUCUGGUUAUGGUGUUUCUGGCUGAAAGUAGGUAGGUUAUGAGUUCUUUGUGGUGUAAAUGGGCAUUGUUGUCUUGGAAGAUGUUUAGUAGGGCCAAUUCUGGGGUGAUGUCUAUUACUUGCUUAGUUAUUUUACAUAUUUCUUGUAUGGCUGUUGGGAAAUGGCUCUUAUAUCUUUAGACAACAUUCAGAACAAAUCUUUCCUAUCAAUUGAACUCCCAUCCACCCUUCCAUGGUCUUCUUUUCUAACCAAAUAAAGCUGCUAUAUUACUUAUAUUUUACCCAUUAUAUACAUGAAUUCUAACUUGGUAAACUAUCCGUUCUCAUCUGUUGCUAUAAUUCAAAUGCUGCAUAUGUUUUCACAUAACCAUGCUAUUAAAAGACAAAUUCCACAAAAUAUUUCCAUUCCUCAAGAAUUUUUUCCUCAUCUUUAAUUCUAACAGUCAAUCUAGUCAUCUCAGCAUAUUCCAUCUUCUUCAUAAGCCUCUGCGCUUUCAGUGUGCUUUAGACCUGCCUUCUUUAGGGCAGCUAACGGACAAGGGCUGAAUGCAAUCUUUUUGCAGGUGAGCAGCGCAGGCCCAGGGAACAUUGGCCCCCCAAAGGCAGCAGCGCCCACAGGUAAGCUGGGCGUUAUGAUGAUUUAUUACAUUUAUGUACUACAUUUAUCUUCCAAGGAGCUCAAGGUGGUGUACAUGGUUCACCUCCUCCCCAUUUCAUCCUCUCAGGAACCCUGUGAGGUAGGUUAGAUGGUGACUGGCUCUAGGACACCCAAUGAGCUUUAUGGCUGAGUGGGGUUUCAAACCCAGCCCUCCCAUGUCCAACACUCUAAUCAUUAUGCCACAAAGCAAGGAGUGAGGAGAUUUUUUUUGGGGGGGGGAGCAGGGUGCACAGGGACAUCACUGAUAUGCCAUCAAAAGGUUGCCUGCAGCGUCCUGUCCACGCAUCACUCAGGAAAUCUGAAAAUAGCAGACACACCCUCGGCAUCCGUUGAAACAACAAACCCCAGCGAUGCCGCUCACACAUGGAAGGAAUCAGUGAACUUGGUGACAAGGACAGAGCUGCAAGGCACCUCCAUGCAUCACACAGAACACACAACAGUGUUCCUGCUCUGUGAGCCCUGGUGGCAUAGGCAGCCGCAGCCUUCAGAUCCCAUUAGGCUCCCUGUAACCACUGUCAUAGGGCAAGAAGACACAGAAAGAGGAGUGAGGAGAACUCAGUGGCCAGCACUGAUGUAGCUCCCUUAACAGGAGGCCUGCAAGGAGCACAUAUAGCCAGGUCGAGAGUUUUGUGGGCCUUUGGGCAACAGAAUGUCCAUGGAUCCUCUUUGAGCUCCCUCUAUUUAAAGUGAGGCUGGCCUUAUAAUAAUAAAACUUGGAAUUGUAGUGAUGCACAACACUCUUACUAAUGUAUGAAUAAUUUUUUUACCAACAAUGUCGUGAACCACCAUGAGAUCGAGUAUAGGGCAGUAUACAAAUUUAAUUAACAACAUGAUCACCAUCAACAAGAACAACAAAAAGCACUGGCCUAUAUAUAAGCCCAUCCUUUCUAACAUCAGUAGCAAUUUCCCCAAUGGCAUCAUAACAGGUACUAAAUCAUUAUUUGUAGUGAUGUACGAGCAUCUCUGAUUAAUGGGAUUUCAGCCAGUGAUUAAUGGGAUUUACAACUAGAAAACCAAGCUGCUUACAGUGUCUGUAAGAUGCUCCCUUGUGCCAUGAGUGUGUUAUGAGUCAGACAUGGCCUGUUGCCCUGCAAGUUUCAAAAGGCCAGGGAGCUGUGUGUGCUCUGCAAGGACAGGUAAACCAGGUGAUUCUGUCUUCCUGCUUGCAGCCGCCACUCAAGUGAAAUAUGGGAACAGCAAAGAGAUCUGGAACGCAGAGGACGUGCCGGAGGAUUCCGAGUACAAUGAUGAUGCCUUGGACUCCAGGGAACAGCCUGAGUAAGUCCACAUGCCCUGCCAGGAGCGCUUGCCUCUCUCUUCCAAAUCCGUGCUCUGAUUUGCUUUUGGAUGAGGGAGUUAUCUUAAACAGUCUUGCAUGGGUUGGUUCAGUGUUUGAAAUUAACCGGGCACCAGUCGCAUUUCACCACAGGCGACAGGCCUUUUGCGAGUAAGUGGAGAUGUCUGGUCACAAGAUUUGACGACUAACAUCUGGCUGGCUGCUGCUGCCAUACCGUGCCAGUCAGGAAGUGGGGCUAGGAGUGCAGCUUUAUAAAUUGCAUUGAAAUUGCUGCAACACAUGAGUAGCUCUGGAGCAGCUGACAGGCAGGGCAGGCACCGUCCUGGCAGAGAGAAGGAGGCAAUUAAAUCUUCUGCUGUUUCAAACGGGUGUUGCUACCAAAUCUAUAGACAAAGUUCUCUUAAAUUUUUUGAAAAUACAUUUUACAUAUCUUAGUACAUCAAUUAUACACUUGUAGUCAUUUAUCUUACACUCUUUGGUUACCACACACAUCCCUCUUAUUUAGUCCUUGUUAAGUUGCUUAUUUCUGCUUAUUAAGUUCUGCUUAUUUUUAACUGCGGCUCAGUAUCUAACCCCACUUGGAAGUUUAUCUGAUUGUUAUAUUUCUUUAAAUAUUCAUCAAAGUACAGUAUUCCCACCCUUCUUUUAUAUCUGACUCAUCCUAAUUUCUUAUCUUUGCAGUCAACAUUGCUAGCUCCGUGUAUUCUAUUAGCUUAUUCUGCCAGUCUGCUUUUGCGAGACUAUUUUUGUCCUUCCACCUUUGGGCACAGAUUAUUCUGGCCGCUGUUAUUGCAUAGAGGAAAAGACUAAGGACUAAGUAUUGGGUAUUUCCCCCUCUACUAUACUCAAUAAGAACAUCUCUGGUUUAUUGGGAAAUGAGACUCUUAACAUCUUUUUUAGAUCUGAGUAUAUCAUCUCCCAAUACACGUUGGCUUUCUUACACCCCCACCACAUAUGUAUAAAUGUCCCUUCAAUCUCUUCACAUUUCCAACAUGGUUCCCUUUUUAUACAUUUUUACAAGUUUACUAGGGGUGAGGGACCAUCUAUAUAACAUCUUACAUAGGUUCUCUUCUAGAGUAUAGCAUGCCGAGAAGUUUAUUGUUGUUUUCCACAGUUUCUCCCAAGAGGCCAAGUUCUUUCCUGUAGGGAAAUAACUCAGCUUACUUUGCUCAAUUAUAUUAGGGGCAUUCCAUGCUUAAAAUGCAAUAUUCAGCUAUGUUCUUGCAUUUCUUAAAAUCCAUAGAAAGGGAAUGUGCUGUUCCCAAAUUUGCUUCAUUCCAAAUUAAAUAAAUUGGCAUUGAGCGGGAGAGAGAGAGAGAGAGAAUGGUUGCCCAAUGGAAAAUAAUUGAAAUUGGUUAGAAAAGCUCUGUGAGGUUCAGGCUCCAAGAAGGAAUUGUGGAUGGGAAAGCCAGAAGCAGCUUGCUACAUAAUUGCUUGGCAGCUGGAGGCCAAUGCUUGUCCACCUCCCUCCAGUUGCUUUCUGGGGUUGCAGUGGCUGAGCAGGAACUGAAAGCAGCGGGCUCUGCCCCGUUGGGAGUGUAGGGGCUGCCAGGCAGCAGGUGAUGAAAAGAGGUGCCCCUCCCCCACCCCAGUGGCUUUCAGCCUUGCUGGCAAACAUUGUCUUUCACAGAUAUGAAAUAUUAUUCAAGCAACAUGUGAGUGCUGAGGACAUGUUCCUGGGAAUGAGCAGGAAGGACGCGUCUACGGCUUGCUGUGAGGACAUGCUGGUAAGAAGCAGGCUCUCCAGGAUCUUCCUCUUAACGUAUUUGGCCCAUUGUUCUAAUAGGGAUGGGGUUUUAAUGGGGACGUGGGUGGUGCUGGACUAAACCGUGGAGCCUCUUGUGCUUGCUGAUUGCAAGGUGGGCAGUUUGAGUCUGCUUGACGGGGUGAGCUCCUAUUGCUUUGUCCCAGCUCCUGCCAACCUAGCAGUUCGAUAGCAUACCAGCACGAGUAGAUAAACAGGUACUGCUGUAGUGCCAAGGUAAAGGCCGUUUCCGUGAGCUAGAAGCAGUUUAGUUGUGCUGGCCACAUGACGCAGAAAAGCUGUCUGCCGACAAGCGACAAUCCCUCAUCCACACCCCAUGAAUUAAAUUCGAUUGGACAACUGUCCAGGGGUCCUUUGACUUGGCUGGGUGCCAUUUUAUUUGGGGGUGGGGUUCUUCAAAAUUGUUUUUAAGUGUUAUAUAUUCAUUUGGAUUUUGUUUUUGCGGACUGGGCUAUUGUUUCGGGGCUUUUGUUGCGGAGUGUAUUUUUGAAUAGUUUGUAUACAUUAGUACUGCUAAUUGUUUUAGUCAUAGGGUGGUAUACAAAUUAUUAUUAUCAUCAUUGUUAUCUGUUAUUAUUAAUUACAUUAAUAAUAAAUAAUAAUAUUAAUAAUACUUUCAGCUAGCGUUCUUUGUGUCCCCAGCAAGGAGCUGUAUCGGUGCUCCCUGGUAACCACCUCUGUUUUUCAUUUCAGAUUAAAAUCAAACUUCCAGAUACGAAGGCUUCAGACAUUACCCUUGAUAUCCGGGAAAAGGUUCUUGAUCUCCGGAGCCCAGAGAAGUAAGCUGGCAGGAGGGGUGUGGAAGUUCCCCUCAAUUAUUUUGGCCCAAUUUGGCAGCGGCCGCUUGUUCAUAAAGGAACUCCUGCACACACGAGGAAUGAAUCUUGCACAGUUGGCUGGUUGGUCGGCUGAUUCUUGGGUGAAGAUUCUUGGGUAGAAAGGCAGACUUUCCGCCGGCCUGUGACCUCCAGUGUGACACUUCAGAGUUGGUGACAGGGACGGGCUGUUUGUGGUGUCUGGUAACACUCUCUAUUCUCUGCCUUUUUCUUAGUACACCCUUGAGUCUUGGCUAGCGCUUUCGGAAAGAUGCACGCAAGCUUUGUGUGCAGGAAAAAGCUUUGAAAGUGGGAAUCAGUGGCUGCCAAAGAUCUGGAAGGAAGGAAAUUAUUGUUUUUGGUGGGGAGAGUUUCUGAACUCUUUGUGUGCCCCCCCCAACAACAAUUUUAUUAUUUAUAUGCCGCCCAUCUGACUGGGUUGCCCCAGCCAUUCUGAGCAGCUUCUGACAAAAUAUUGAAAACACAAAAAACCUCAAACUUCCCUUUGGAUGUCUUCUAAAAGUCAGAUAGAUGUUUAUUUCCUUGGCAUCUGAUGGGAAGUUUUUAAUGUUUGAGGCAGAGGCCCCCCUCAGCCUUGGCCACAAAGAUUCCCUUCUUUCUUUCUUUCUUUCUUUCUUUCUUUCUUUCUUUCUUUCUUUCUUUCUUCUUUCUUUCAGCCAGUGUGGUGUAGUGGUUAAGAGCAAUAGACUUGUAAUCUGGGGAACCGGGUUCGCGUCUCUGCUCCUCCACAUGCAUCUGCUGGGUGACCUUGAGCUAGUCACACUUCUUUGAAGUCUCAGCCCCACUCACCUCACAGAGUGUUUGUUGUGGGGGAGGAAGGGAAAUGAGAAUGUUAGCAGCUUUGAGACUCCUUCGGGUAGUGAUAAAGCGGGAUAUCAAGUCCAAACUCCUCCUCUUCUUCCUUCCUUCCUUCCUUCCUUCCUUUUCCUCAUAUGGCAGCUUCAGGUGACAGCUUCUACUUUUCUGUUUCCCAGGAAGCUUCUCUUGCACCUUCCUCACCCUGUGGAUACCAAGAGUGGCAAGGCCUCUUUCUUCUCCGAAAAGGGCACUCUGGAAGUCACCUUGAGGAUGAAACGAGAGCUUGAUUUCAUCAAUUUUGCCUGAAGAGGAAAGGAAGCAGCUCCAUAGAAAUGGUUGUUGAGUGAGCAACCACAAAAGCUGGACUGAGCAGGAAGGGUGGGAUCCUUCCUGCUGCAGCUCCCAUUCCUUAGAGCUCUCACCAGGACUCUGAGAUGGAAAUCUAGCUGGGGAGGUGUCCCAGCAGGAGAUGAGCUUUUGGACAGGGUGGUGAUUGAGGUACAUUAUAGCCCAACCUUUCAGAUUCGCAGCCAGGACCAUUGUCUGCUCUUAUUUCUGACAAUUGCACACCUAUUUUGUGGAUAAUUAAACUCUCUUUUCCAUUCCUUAAUGCAUGUGUACAUCAAUAUUAUUUUGAGAAGAUCUGCACAUAUAAGCAGAAAAAGAGGUUUCCUUGCAUUUGAUAAAAGGUUUGUUUUCAAGGCUGCCUUCUGUGUGUGGGGGGAGCACCCUGUUGCAACAGUUAAUAAAGAUCAGGCUUACUAGCUGCUUUGCUUCUCAAUAUUCUCUGGUUGGCCUCUGUUAUUCUCUCCUACUGAUAGAGAACCUACAAAAGGACUAUAUAUGGGCUCUUGGGUUCCCCAUAAGGGGAAAGGAGCAGUUUUAUCACUUAUAACAGUGGCCAUCCCUGUCUCCUUGGGGAGUGAGUCCCAGAGUUGGACUCUGUGUUUUGAAGAAGAGCUGGCUCUCCCCGCAUCCAGCUUCCCAGUUCUAGUGUUAGGAGAGUGGGACCUAAACUUUCCUCUGCCCACUUUCUCUAUGCUGUGAAUAAUUGUACCAAUUCCUAUUGCGUUGCCUCUUAAUUGCCUUUCCCCCGCUAAACUUAAAAAGCCCCAAACGUUUUCUAAACUCCCUGGAAGGUAGGACUCGAACCUAUGGCUUCAAGUGACAAGAAAGGAGAUUCCGACCCAACCUCAAGAAUGGGGGUAGGAAACCUAAGGCCCAGGGGCCGGAUGCGGCCCAGUCAUCUUCUCAAUCCGGCCUGUGGACGGUCCGGGAAUCAGUGUGUUUCUACAUGAGUAGAAUGUGUCCUUUUAUUUAAAAUGCAUCUCUGGGUUAUUUGUGGGGUCUGCCUGGUGUUUUUACAUGAGUAGAAUGUGUCCUUUUAUUUAAAAUGCAUCUCUGGGUUGUUUGUGGGGCAUAGGAAUUCGUUCUCCAAAAUAUUGUCCAGCCCACCACAUGCUCUGAGGGACAGUGGACCGGCCCAUGGCUGAAAAAGGUUGCUGACCCCUGCUCAAGAACAACUUUCUGACAGUAAGAGCUGCCUGACAGUGGGGUGGAAGGGGGUGGGCUCUCCUUCUUGGGAUGUUUUGAAGCAGAGGUGGGAUGCCCAUCGGUCCUGGAUGCUUGAGUUCUGGAUUCCUGCGUGUGCUGCUAUUAAUCCACCAUCCACACACAAGGAGGAAGGUGCGAGGGGGUCACAGAAACCCUAUCAUAGAAUCUUAAAGUUGGAAGGGACCCUGGGGGGUCAUCUAGCCCAACCCCCUGCAAUGGAGGAAUCUCAGCUCUAGCAUCCAUGACAGAUGGCCAUCCAACCUCUGCUCAGAAACCUCCAAGGAAGGAGAGGCCGCCACCUCCCGGGGGGAACCCGGUUGCUCUGUUCAGAAGCUGCCAGAAAGCACUUCUUUCUGAUGUUGGGUCUUCUUCAUUGUCCCUUGAAGCUCUGGGUUCAAGUUCCACCCUACAUGAACUUGUGACAUCUGGGAUUCUUUGAGUUUAGAAAACUAUUUGGGGCGCCCGUGCAGCUGAUCCAGCGGGGCUUUCUGGAGGUGAGACCAGCGCCUCUCCUCUCUCUCUGCCUGGAGCAGCCCAGAGGCUCCUGCUUCCAUUUCUGUCCCGCUUUCCCGGGGAAGAUGCUGGGCUUGGCUGUGGCUGUCCUUCCUUGCGGAGGCACUGCAGGUGGGUCAUAUUAUUAUGUAUUAUUAUUAGUAGGGGGUGGGUGCUCCUGCUGGAGGGAGUAUGGGGAGGGAUUUUAAAAAACCCAUUAAGCAAACCAUUUCAAUUUUAAGUUUUUUUCCAUGUCUUCUUUUUCUAGUUACCAGUUUGUCCAGAUUUUCACAUCUUAUUAUUUUUAAAGACCUCUUGAAAAUUGAUCAGCAUUUUGGUGCAGAUCUCUCCUAAUGUACAUGCUUUUGCAAAGGGUAUUUCCCCUAAUAUUUACAUUUCCUAUAGUUCUUGCAUUCCUGUAUAUUUUUCCGCUAAAACAAUGCAUUUAUAGGUCUUUCCCCCUUUGCAUGGGGGUAGGAAAUCUUUUCCCAAUAGAAGGGCAGACCUUUCUCCUGCUCCCCUCCCUAAAAGUGAACUUGGGCAGGUGGGUGACAUUCCUUAGUCUCCCCAUAGAGCUUGGGGUCAAGGCAAACCCUAAAACAUGGGAAAACCUUUUGCAGGGACUCCCCCUGGAACUUGUAACAUUUUUUUCCUGGCCUGAUUUUAGUAUAAUUUAUUGAAUGUAUAUACUUCCAUUUACCCACAGAUCUCAGGACAGUUCACAGGAUAAAAUUACAAUAUAGAAACUCAAAGUACAUAAUAAAAACAAAAAAAGCAACAACCCAGUAACACCCCCACCCCACAUUUUAAAACGUUUGUGUUUCAGUUAAGUACAGCAGUUUCUGCCAGAGCAGUUCUGGGUAAAAGAGGUUAAAAAAAAGAGAGAAACAAGAAACUUCAAGUCCACAUUAAAAGUCCAAGUGUGACUGAGGCCUUAUACAGACCGGCUACUACUACUACUACUACUACUACUACUACUACUACUACUACUUUUAAUAUUGGACCCUACUGACAUUUAAACAAAGAAUGUUUGUUAACUGUGUUGAGUGAGAACAGUGUCAUUUAUUGGACAUUUAAAUGAGAAACUCUACUUUCUUACAAUUGUUCAACAAGGCCCCGUAUACACUAUAACUGCAAAGCACAUUCCUCGCCCCUUGAGAAUUCCGUGGAUUGUAGUUCACUAGGAUUCCCAGCAGCCCUUAACAAACCACAGUGCCCAGAACUUGAGGGGGGGAGAACAUGUACUUCGCAAGUAUAGUUUUUAUGUAGUUUUAAAUAAUCAAAAUAUCCCAUGUGCCCACGAAAGGCAGGCAAUUACACAUAAGACAACCAGUUAAAUGUAGCAGGGCAUUGUGACUGUAUUCAAAGGCUCAGAAACCUUAAGGCAGAACCCCAUCUCACGAGCUACAGGCAUUGGGAUAGUCUCUCAUGAUAAUUUCUCCCCUCUGUGGGUUCUUUGUGUCAUGUGACAAAGACACAUGAGAGCAGAAGCAGCAAAGCAGGCUGGGAAGUGCUGGGACUGCACAAUCAUUUGGGCCUGCUAAUGUUAUUCAGGCCUAACUGCUAAGCGUUGAGUCACUCUGACAUCUGACUUAGCAGCCAGUUUCUCUUUUGUGCUCUCUGUAAAAUUUCAGUGAGAAACUGUUUGUUUCAGUUGUGAGCAGAGUCAGUAUGUAAUCUCAGUAAAACUGUUUGGAACCAUGUUGUUUAUGAAGAAGUUUAUUUUAAUUCAGUAAAGUUUUUAUUCUUU